GGAACACCUAAGCAAACCGCGUAUUGAGGGAAGGAGGAAACAGUCAAGAUAUGAAAAAUAUUUAUGUUGUUUUGAUGUCCAAGAUUUGUCUUGUGAGAAUGCUGCCUGGAAGGCUAAAAGAAUAAUUUUGUAUUCCAGAAAUAACUUUACAUUGCUUAUUCUGCGCGCGAAUAGUGAAGUCUGUUCAAGGGUGUUAGAGAGUAUGAUUUUGUCUAAAUUAAAGGUAGCCUUUUUCUUUCUAAACAAAGUCCAUCGUGACGUACAGCAAUGAAUGAGUUAACAGCUAAUGCUUGCAGAAAGGGCGGAAUCGUUACACUCGUCUCAUCCAAUCCAGGAAGCUGUUGUAUACACCAGUAUACAAAUAAAAAUGGAUUUUGGGGGAACUGACCGUAACGAAAUCGUGUUGUGGUGGGCAGAUUUUGACGGAGGGAAGGGGCCUCUGGUGAACUGGGCAACGUGAAAAGCUGCGGAGCACAUGUACUUGGGAACGUAUUAAGACAUUUCGGCAGGUUUCUGACGCUAGGUACCUAGCUAGCUAACAAUUUUAGCACGGUACGCUGCAGCUCAAUCAGCAAGUCUCUUGUAUUUCAUUUGAUCGCUAGGUUAGAUAGCUAUGUGUUGUUCUUCAUGGUUUUGGGUGCUUGCCCAGAAAUGUUCCAAAGGCUAGGUACCUCAGCCGGGUAGCUGUUGAAUAGAGUAAGGGGACCUUAGCAUCUGUAAGGGUAGUUCUAACAGCCCGUAAGAAAUUUUUAAAGGACUGGAUUGAGAUUUUUUAUUUAUUUUUUUUUACCUGUAAAGAUUCGAUGCUGGUGUACAUCUUUCUCCUCAACAACUAACGUUUAGGGACCUAUCUAGCGAUUUAUCUAGUUAUCCAACCUAGCUAGCUAAUGUUUUUAGUUGUGAUUUGUCUGCUAUUUUAUCACUUCUAAUUUUUAUUACCUAAGUUAAAGAUAUACGGUCUUUGGUUUGUCUUGUUCAUAUUUAUUGAUGAAAUGAUAAGGCGCUUUAUGUUGGUAUAUCAUAAAUGAAGUUCGUGCUUACAUCACUUAAAUAACUGAUGAGAUAGAAAUCAGUGGAUGUCGAUGAUUUCGGCUCGUCUGCUGCUCAACAUCAUUUUGGAAUUGUACGCGCAAGGACAUCCCAUCAGGGCGUUGUUAAGAUUGCUCGCUAAAUUCAGUUGACCGUUAAUUUUCAAAAUUGUUAAAGCCGAAAGAUUUAGCUUGCACUCUUUAAUCACCUGUUAUAUUUGUAUACUCGCUUUGAAGACAUUUUCGUUAGGGCGAAACAUUGCAGUUCAUGUUUCGACAAGAAGUCAGUGUAUUGUCCUUUAUUCCGUCUUGUUCUUACCUUUUCCAAUACGAGAAGAGGAACAUGUCUCGAUAUAAUAUCUACAGUUUGCUGGACUGGGUGUAUGGCGGGGUGGACCCCAAGUUUGAGGGCAACGGAGGCCCCGAAUGUGCUGCCUUUAUUACUCCACAUCAACGAAUAUGUGAAACGUUCGUCAUUAUUUUAAUAUCUAUCGUGGAGGUUGUCUUGGCACUCAGGAAAAUAAACAUUUCAAAAGAAUGCAAGGAAGCGGUGAAAGCUGGACGGAGGCAUAGAGAGGAUAGUAUGGGGAAGAACUUGUUGCUUGUGGCACUGUGCAUGACAUUUGGCGUCGAGGUUGGGUUCAAGUUUGCUACCAAGACGGUGAUCUACCUUCUGAAUCCCUGUCAUGUUGUCACCAUGGUACAGAUCUUCCUGCUGGCAUGUCCACCUGGAAAAACAGCCAUGGUCAUCUUUAGGCUUCAGGUCCACAUGCUGAAUGGAGCUCUAUUGGCCCUGCUCUUCCCAGUGGUUAACACAAGAUUACUCCCCUUUGAGAAGGAGAUCUACUACAUCCAGCACUCCAUGCUCUACCUGGUGCCCGUCUACCUGUUCCGAAAAGGAGGUGUGUACAAACCAGAGCCAUUGAGUGACAUGUGGUGGGCAUUGUUAUCUACAGGCAUCCUCUUCCUCUACCAUUUUGUGUUUCUGCAAGGCCUGGGAAUGGUGACGGAAGUAAAUCUGAACAACAUGCUGUGCCCGGCCGUGUCAGACCCCUUCUACGGGCCCUGGUACCGGGUGUGGGCCACAGGUCACCAGACCCUGCUCACACUGGUGCACGGCAAAGCGCUGACCGUGCUCUCGCACCACAUGGUGCCUGCCCUGCGCCACCUGCUGGACGCAGCGCACCUGCGCAGCAAGAAAGUGGACUGACGAGCCCAGGGGACACACGCACCUUCUCCCCUGGCAACGUCCUGAACUUUGAGCUCAUUGUUUCUCAUGCACCUCCUGUGUUUUUUGUUUUUUGUUUUUUUUUCUUCUUUUGUUGUUGUUGAUGAUUUGUUUUUCUGUGUUUGUCGUUCUGACAAAUGUGUCAGUGAAGGCUCCCAUUUACUCUAGGAGGGGCUAUAGGUCAGUGUUACAUUGAACUGCAAGAACAGGUCAGUUUUUUGUUGAGUCAUUAACUGUGUGAAACUUCUCUUGAUUCUUUCUGUGCGAGUUAAUUUGUUUUCUUCUCAUGUUGCCUUUUUUGGUUACAUUCAUUUAACAGAAAUGUGGGGGCCAACCAAGAUAUUUCAUGGUUAAUUGGAACACCCUACCCGCCAACUGAACAGCUGCUCCUACAUUCUCAUCUACACUGUAUUCUUCUGGAGGCCUGCUUUUCGGCCAUUAGCUGAGAAUGUUGCCAUUUUUACGUGUUCGUACUUAAAGACGUUCAGUUUGUGCUGUCAUGGUUAACAUGUAGAAAGCAUCUAUGCGAUGAUAUUGUAAUUUGUGUCAGAGAUUUGCGUUCUGUCAAACCUUCUGCUGUCUACCUGGCAUGUAAAUACUCAGCUUUCAGGAUGACUGAGCAGAGCUCCUCUUUGUUACUACUAAAUCAUAUGAGUCACAUGAUUCACACUUCCUCUAUUGACAUAAGAGAAUGGAGUUAUACUGGUGAGAUGGGUAAGUGUGUGUUAUAAUUGAUGUUCUAAGUCAAGGGUUUUUCAGAUGUAGCUGUGAUCCAUGUACAUUUUUAGGAGAAAGUGGGUUUUUCCAUUUUUGUUUUUUGUCAUGCUGGGGCAACCUUUCAGGCACACACUGUAAUUGUAAGUAUUAUAGUAUUCUUGUAAUAGUGUAGCUAGGUUGUCAUUUCCUUUUUCUAAUUUUAAAGCAACACCCUCAGUGCACAUACAUUGAAGGAACAGUAAUUGGGUGAAAUAUUCAGUUGUCACACCCUGCAUAUUGUAACUUAGUAAAUAGAUUCAUUGUAAUGGAUUUUUUUAACUGUGAAAACAGUCAUCUUUCAGAGAACUAUGUAAAGAGCCAAAACGUUCAUUUCCUUUAUAUCUGCUAUUUUUUAUCUAGCCGUCAAGUGUCUAAGUUGUCAUCUUCACAGUAAAGGAAAGGAGGCAUUUCCUGAUUUACAAACAGGUUACAUCUGCUUGGGGAUUUAUUUGGAAAAAGGUACCAUGUAGGUUUUCACCAACUGACAGAUCAGUGUAUCUGUGGUGCAUAGAGUGUGAUAAACAGUCAUGCUGAUUCCAGGCACUGAAUCUCAAUGGGUACUAGCAGAAUCCAGAUGGUCUUGUCCCCAAGGUGUACAAUUGUCUGGAUAUUGAGAUGAAAUACUGAAAUUGACUGAAUGGGACUUUUAUGAAAUGCAUUUUUGUACAUAUCUUUGAUUAUGUAUGUACUGUAUAUGUUAAAAUAAAGCUCUUCACAUAGUUGUCCUUACA